UCACAUCCUGUUUAGGCCUUUCAAAAAUACUGCUUGUAAAGUACGGUUCUAGUGCCAUUUCAAAUAGACAAAGGUGGCUAGCUUAGCUAGGCUAACUAGCUUUUCCAAUCUCUUCUGUUUGCCUAGCUAACUAGUUGGGAAUGGCAGAGAUGGAAGACGAUGGUGAUCUCCAAGACGUCCAAGAUGAAGACGAUGACUCUGAACAUGAAGAGCUUGAUUUUGAAUGGGAUGCACAAGAUGAUGCCAGAGACUUCGACUGGGUUGAAGAAGAAGAGGUUGUUAUUGACACUGACGCUCCUGAGCCCUUUGCUUUGGACACUCCAGCAGAGCGAAGUGGGCACAUUGCUGUGGUAGACAGAAACUGCAUGUAUGUUUGGGGAGGAUAUAAGAAUGCUGAGGAAAUGGGACUGUUUGACUUGUACUUGCCAAAGAAUGAAAUUUGGAUAUACAACAUGGAAACUGGAAGAUGGAGAAUGCAGCUGUCGGAAGGAGACCUUCCUGCCUCCAUGUCGGGCAGCUGUGGUGUGUGUGUAGAGGGCAUUUUGUAUCUCUUUGGAGGCCACCAUGCUAGAGGAAAUACUAACUUGGUUUAUCGCCUGCCUCUGAGGAUGCCUGUAUUCAGCUGGGAGAGAAUGAAGGAUUUGAAGGGCUUGGCUCCCACAUGUAAAGACAAGCUGGGUUGCUGGGUGUACAAAAACAGGUUGAUGUAUUUUGGGGGUUACGGCUAUGUGGCACAAGCAGGUCAUAGAGGAACGUUUGAAUUAGAUGAGCAUUCACUUAUGGGUAACCAUGCAGGACGGGGCUGGAACAACCACAUUCACAUUCUCAAUCUCGAAACAUCAACCUGGAGUCAACCAAUCACAAAGGGAAAUGCCCCAACUCCACGAGCAGCCCAUGCUUGUGCUACUGUUGGAAACAGAGGUUAUGUUUUUGGAGGCCGUUAUAUGGAUCAUCGCCUGAAUGACCUGUACUACAUCAACUUGGAGACCUGGGAGUGGAAUGAAAUGUCUGUACCUCAGCACGGUCCAGUUGGCCGCUCAUGGCACUCUUUCAUACCCGCGUCACCAGACCACAUCUUCCUGUUCGGUGGCUUCACUACCAACAGGGAAACACUAAGUGAUGCCUGGCUCUACUGUGUGACCACGAAUGAGUGGAAGCCAUUUCAGCAUAACCACACAGAAAGUCCCAGACUCUGGCACACAGCAUGCUCAGGGCCAGAUGGGGAAGUAUUUGUAUUUGGAGGCUGUGCCAAUAACCUUCUCUCACACCAACGAGCAGCCCAUAGCAAUGAGCUACUAACCUUCACUGUUCAGCCCAAGUCACUGCUCAGGUCUUGUAUGGAGGUUGUCCUACAGCACAGAGAGCAGCUGGAGAGCAUGUGGGACUGCCUGCCGAAACAUCUCCUGCACAGCCUCAAACAGAGGAUUGGUACCACCAACACCGGAGGUUCCUAGAAUCAAGCGCAAGGUGACAAGUCGAGAGCAGUUGUGUCUUGGUGGAUGUCUGUAGCAGAGAUAUUUUACUUUUCUGCCAAUGUCCAGGGUCUCUUUAAGGAGAUGGAUAUGGCAAACUUGCAGAUGGUGUGGAAAGUUUGAAGACCCCUCUAGUCAAAAUUAGAGCUUCCUAUAGUUUGCAUAGUUGUUGUGCUCAGAAUGGUUUAGCAAUUUGGAACUGUUUCAUGUAAACUGGACAUACUGUAGACAUUCUUUGUAUCUUUGUUUUGACUAUAACAAGUCUAACCUACAGUUUUCCCAACUUGUGCUAUUGCAACCCAAGUAGAAAGUGAAGUAUGUAUUUGGAUGGCAUUAAUUCUCCCAUAUGUUAUUAAAUGAACAGGUAAUUUGUUCUUUCACACUGGCACUUUUGUUUAUUAGACUCAGUCAGUGUGGGAUAAUCAGUGGUACUGCUGAUCAGUCAGAGGCAUGUUUCAUCAAUAUGCAAAACAAUAGGUAUGCCAUGUCUGAUAAAUGGCUUUGGUAUUUUGCAAAGAAAAGCCAUGCAAGGGAGUAAAUUAAAAUCAGUUUUACAGAUAGCACUGGAUUUACUUAAUGUAAAUGACUAGAGGGGCUUUUAACAUUUUAAUGGUUACCAAUUAACAUCAGUUUCAUCAUGCAGUUUUGAUAGGUAAUAGGGGUUGUACUGUAUACAGACAAUUAAAUUUAAAUGUUUUAUGAGGUGUGUGUGUGUAUAUAUACUGGAUUUUAGCUGUCCUUUUCUUUCUUUUCUUUUUUUUUUUGUGAAUUUGAGAGUAUAUAUUUUGGUUUAAUUACAGAAACAUUAUCCCAUCUGAUUUAUUGGUUAAAAAGGAGUAGACCUAAGUGCGAAUCAUUACUGCUGUGCUGUUCUGCAAGAAUCUUUGCUUAUUAAGUAAAUAGUAUGAUUCAUUUUCUCUUAAUAUUUAGGAUGUUUAAUUUGAAUGUAAAACAAGUAAAAAUAUUUUCUUUAACUAUUAAUAUUUCUAAUGUUUUGAAUGUAAAAAUACACAAGACGUUUGUGAAAUUUUAGAUCAGCACAUAAAAUCUGAACAUUUGCUAUCAUCAGAAAUCUGCUUCAAAA